GCGCUGCGCGGCCACCGCCAUGUCUGUCGAGUGGCUGCGGCGGCUGCGCCGGGGCGGCCCCGCCGAGAGACCCGGCUGCUCCCGGGGGCCUGGCCCGGGGCCGCCGCCCGCCACCCCCCGCUACCGCCGGCCCAAGUUUCUGCGCGGCGGCGGCGGCGUCGAGGAGAGCCCGCGGGGUGGCCGGGCCGUGCGGAGCACCGGGCCCGAGCGGCCCCUGCCCUGGGGCACGGGCUACGCCGAGGUUAUAAAUGCUGAGAAGUCAGAGUUCAACGAGGACCAGGCAGCCUGCUGUCAGAUCUCUGUCCGCAGGAGAGAGCCGGGCCUGGAGGAAGAUGAGGAGUGGCUGAUCCUGUGCUCCACACAGUUUCUGACUGGUUACUACUGGGCACUCUUUGAUGGCCACGGUGGCCCAGAAGCUGCCAUCAUCGCCUCCAACUAUUUGCACUACUGCAUCAAGCAGAAGCUGGAGGAGGUUGUGGGAGGCAUCACAGAGGCCCGUCCCCCCAUGCAUCUGAGCGGGCGCUGUGUUUGUGACAGCGACCCACAGUUUGUGGAGGAGAAGCACAUCCAUGCAGAAGACCUCGUGGUGGGAGCCCUGGAGAAUGCCUUUCAGGAAUGUGAUGAAGUAAUUGGACAGGAGAUGGAAGCUACCAACCAGACAGGAGGCUGCACUGCUCUGGCUGCCUUUUAUUUCCAGGGAAAGCUGUAUGUGGCUAAUGCUGGGGACAGCAGGGCGAUUCUUGUUCUGAAGGACAAUGUUGUGCCCAUGAGCUGCGAGUUCACACCUGAGACAGAGAGGCAGCGAAUCCAGCACUUGGCUUUUCUCUUCCCCAAGCUCCUGGAUGGUGAGUUCACGCGCUUCGAGUUUCCACGGAGGUUGAAGGGAGAUGAUGUGGGCCAGAAAGUCCUGUACCGGGAUUACUUCAUGGAAGGCUGGGGAUACAAGAUGGUGGAGAAAGCUGACCUCAAAUAUCCUCUUGUCCAUGGUCAUGGGAAGCAGGCUCGCUUGCUGGGGACUCUAGCUGUCUCUCGAGGUCUGGGGGAUCAUCAGCUCAAAGUCAUCGACACCAACAUUGAAGUCAAACCCUUCCUGUCCUGCAUUCCCAAGGUGAAUGUAUUUGACUUUGCUCUGCAUGACAUUAAGGAAGAUGAUGUCCUCAUCAUGGCAACUGAUGGUCUUUGGGAUGUUCUGGGCAACAAAGAGGUGGCCCAUAUGGCCAGGAAUUUCCUUGCAGAAAACAGGACAGAUCCUCACAGAUUUUCUGAACUGGCCAAGUGCUUGGUAUGCAGAGCAAGGGGAAAGAAGAGAGGCCAUCAGUGGAUGCUGGAUGACAGCCACGAGGCAUCCUAUGAUGACAUCUCUGUGUUUGUCAUCCCACUACACAACAGGGAUGAGGACUGUUAGCGUGACAUGCAGGAUCUGUGUCCCCCUCCUGUGGUGCUGUUCAGCAUCAGCCUGAGACUGAGGAUUUCUGCUGUGCCUGCACACUCCCUUCCAGCAAAAUCAGCUGCAGCAGAACCUGAAAAUGCACAGUCAGCACUUACGCAGAGCAACAAGAACAUUUGCUCCUCAAGAACAGGCAAGAGAGGAACAGUGGGCAACAAAUAAUUUUCUUUACUCUUCCUGUUUGCUGGGUUGAAGAGAAAUUGCAACAGGGGCCCUGCAAGCUGAAGGGCACGGCUGCCGAGGCCUCUGCAGUACAGCGAGCCUCAAACCCAUGAUUCUAGUGACCCCUCUCCCUUUUUCACCUGAGAUCCAACCUGUCUCAAGAGCUGAAUUUUCAUUGGACUUGAGCCAAGCUGUGUAAAACUGGAUGCAUAAGCUGAAGUGUCCCUCAUAUCAGUUUGCUGUAACACAAGAUGUACUGAAAACCCAGGAGCUGCUGCCAAGACAGCACUGGGCACAGCCCUGCCUGCCUGGGGCAAAUGCUGAAGCAGCAGCCCCAACCUCUUGAGAAAGCUGCCCAUUUGUGGGCAGCACCACCUCAAAACAGAGGGCUACACAGUGGUGCACAGGAGCCUCCUGUGUAUAAAGACACGUGCCUUACUGCUACUUAAAGAGCAUUCCAGUACAUUAGCAUGUAUUGCAAUGUACAGAUUUCUAACAAAUCUUAGUCCACAACACUUGCUAACACUUUAUUCAUUCAGGUAACUUCUGACAGAAAGGCUGGGUUUGUAGCAGUAGCACUGGUGAGAAUGAAAGUGUUUAAGCACAUCAGCUGAUGUAAUAGAAGAGCUUCAAGUAAAAUAAAACUGGUUUGUUCAAA